AUGAGUUAUUUUUUGGAAUGCGCGCUGCAAGAUCUGGCAAAGCAUCGAACCCGGAUUCCGUAUCGAUCACUUCAUCAGCACCUCCGGAACCUUGUCCGGAAGUACUCUCCAAAACAAACUCCGAUGUUUUACGGCAUGUUACAAGAACCUUUUUUCAAGGAGCUUCAAAAUGACGGUGGACUACUGCCCGUGACAAUUCAUCACGACCAAGUAAACGGCGUCACGAUCUUGACGCUCGAGGCGGGCAAAGCCCAUGGCGUCGCCAUUGGCGACGAGUAUGAGGCAGUCCCAUUCUACGCCCCUGAAACAGGCGAGGCAGUCAAGGAGUUUUCAGAUCAAGCAAUCACACUCAGAGUAGUGGAAGUGUACACUCUGACAUCAAGUGUUUGUCACCAGGAUGAGUCUGUCGUUACCUCGAGGUUCUCUGCGAAGACAGUAACGUGGAAGGCUAGAUUGGUGAGGUCAUGCUGUUCAAACGAAGGGCUUGUUCGACUGCCACAAGAUAUGGAAGAAGCUGAACUGUCGAGGCUUGCGAAAGAGGUGGAAGACAGUCCUUACGUCAAACUACUCAGCUGGGAUGAUCGAUCAUCGCCGAUUGCGUUUAGUGUCACGAUUGAUGGCACAACCAACAGCUAUGUAGUUCAUGAUGCUACCGGAUCUCCCGUUACCCGGGCCCCAAUGAUUCGAAGGGGAGAUUGUGACGCCAUCAAGUCUCUCGCGAGAGUUCUAGGGCACUUGGCGAAGUUCAUGUUGUUCAAGAAUUUGAGGCACGAGGAGGCGGAUGAGGGAUUCAAGGAUUCUGUGUCAUUCGAGGUCAUCGGACACACAUGCGGUGAGGACGGUUGGUAUACGGUCAAGCACGAAGACGAUUGGAAACUCCAGAUCAGGAACAUGAGCAAAGAGACACUGUACAUCGGAAUAUUUAAUUUUGGCUUUUGGUGGGAGAUCGAUAACCUGCUUUCGGGUCAAGGUGAGGGUGAGUUUCUGACGCUACAAAGCGUGGGUCAUGCGCUGGAAUCCACUGAAUCUCUUGGUUUGGAAUGGAAGCUUGACGAGGAAGAUGGCGAUGAAAGAGAGGACGUUGUCAGGUUGUUCAUCACAGACAAGCCUACCUCUUUUCAAGGCAUGGAGUUGUCUUCACUAAAAGCUGAUAUAGGGCGGGGAGAUGAAUCGGACUCUUUGGUGCCACAAAAUGUCAUCGGCGGAAGGUUUGCGGUUCGGACUUUUAAAGUUAAAACGAGAAGAUACAGGUAG